UUCAACAGGAAGUCCAGGACGCCAUGGUACAGACAUCAUUCAUGUGCAUGAUUGGAAAGAGCAUCAACUUGGACAAAACGGAAAAGAAGUACUUGCGUGAAGCUGUUCACACCAAGGAAGAGGAAGUGCAGUUCGUGGACAUGUCACUGAAGCAAGCCUGCUGCAAUGGCGCUAUUACCUUUGACCACUAUUUUUCUGCCGAUACGACUACCCUCGGUGUUAUGAGACUAGACUCACGUUGUGAAAAGGCAAUGUCUGCUAACAAUGAACAUGACAUGUUUCUUUACGCUGUUGAUACCGGAGUGAACAUAACUACAUUAGGAGGUACUUGGAUGCUCCUCCCAAAAGGAUCCGGAUUCUACAUCAGCAGAGGCUUACCAUUUACGCUGAAAAAUCUCGGUGAGACAAUGGUCAAGAUUCUUUAUGUACUCGCCGAGCCGUCCAAGGAUGAUCCAGUGGCGUGAUGUUUUAUUGACAUGUUAUAUAAAUAUUGUAAACAUUGUUUUUAUUUCAUUUAUGUACUUACAAAAAUGUGUGAACUAUUUUCUUUUAUUUGUAUAGUUUUACACUCGAACAAUGACAUGUGGACAACUUUGUAUUUGAAGACAUUUUUUUUAUAUUUCAAAGUUCUCAAUCCUGAUUUUUAGUUUUGACAACCCUGUAUAUGUAAAGGCAUGCUUUGUGCAGCAUUUAGAAGUGUGCGAAUAUUCGAAACUUUUCAAUCACAAAUUUUAUAUUGCAGUACUUGAUCUGGUGUUCGAAUCCAAUAGUCACUAUAUUCGUAAUUACCAAUGUCUUUUCAAUCUAUUUCUCAAACACUUCAAAUCGCCAACUAUCCGAUAAAUUUAACCCAACGACCAUGGUAGACAUAAACAUGAGAAGUUGUGUAGUGGAUCACGCUAUAUGUCACUCAGGUAGCCAUACUUUUCUGGCUAAACGGCUAUCAUUCACACUCGCCAAUAAGUCCCGAGUAUGCGAAGAAAGUCGAUUGAUCUUAAUGCUCCGUUUGUGCAUUUAAUA